UCCUAAAUCUGGACUGUGUUGACAAUGGGAAUCAUGAGAUUUCUCGUUUAUUUAUACUGUAUUGAUAAUUAACUUUUCUCUGACUGGUGGACCAAAGUAAAAAACGCUCACUGCAAAAAUGCAUGACAUGUUUUACUGUUCAGGCUAACUUCAUGACCUGGCAGGUUUGUUAAUAGCUGACAAGACAGCAGGAAUUUGAAGAACAGACACGGAAAUACUUUCUUAAAAUCCCCAUGACCUGUUAGACUUGUUUUGUGAUCCCGGCUUGUUCAGUGCUACAGUUUGGUAUCAAAGAACUGGGAUGGACACGUUCUCUACGGGACUUGAUUAGUUUUAUUAUAUAUAUAUAUAUUUUUUUAUUUUAUUACGUUCAUUUAACCUUUACAUACACUACAUACAAACCAGGGGCAACUGCAAAGUUUAUACUGACUGUUAUUAUUAUUAUUAUUAUUAUGCAAUGUAGGAAAGUAAAACGAACUUGCUAUGAGAAGCCAAUGAAGUAAAUGGCAUAUUUUCUUGAACUUAAAUUAAAACCGAAUGUAUAAUGCUGACGAUGGAGACAAAAGAUCGCGUGAAAAACGGUAAUUUUGCUUUGUACACUAUACAAGAGGAAAAACCCAGCUUGGUUUCAGUGGGCACUGCAAAUAAUGGAUUUUCAGAUAUGUUUCUAAAAGGGACUGAGUGUGGAACGACGUUAAGACAACCGUUUGCCACACAGAGUGGAAUUUCCACUGGAGAGUUUGAAGACAACGAGCCUGGAACAAGUCGCCAUACAACUAAGGCAAAGGACAUUGAUGAAUCACAGAAAGAGGGUUCGUUUUCUUGUUCUGCUGCUGAGGACAUUUUCCCGACAGCCAUUUUCGUGAAGCUGGUGAUGAUGCGCCGGGAGAGCGGGCUUCCUGACGCUGAGCUGCAGGAAAUGCUGAGAGGAAAGCUCCGGAUUCUGGAGAAUGAUAGCGGAGAGGUCAUGGCAGUCUUCAGCGAACUGUCAGCCAGACUACUGUCCAUCCAUAGUGACCAAGACCUGAUUGUUAUCACAUUCAAAACAUUUGAAGAAAUCUGGAAAUUUUCAACAUACCACUCACUUGGUUUUGUUGGCCACUGCAUGGAGAAUUUGCUGCUGGACCAAGCCUUUUGGUUACAUCACCUUGAUGAAGAGGAUGCUUGGAUUAAUGUCCUUAUAGACGAAGAGUCUUUAAGUUCAAUGUAUCGAGGUAUCAUGAUGCAGGAAGGAACUUACUUUGCAAGGUGCAUUGCGGAACAGAGUUACGACAGCUCUUCCUCAGGCAGUGAACUGACCCUGCAGCACAAUGAUAUAGUUAUCGUUGAGCCCCUUUCCUCUGGAUCCUCCUGGACUGCGCAGUCAUUGGUUGAUGGCACGAGGGGCGUUAUUUCUAAAUCUGCGCUGGAACCAGUCGGUUCAUUUCAUCAAUGGUUUCUUAAAACCUACACAGAAAGCAUUUGGAUGUGCAGCAACAGUGUGCAGUUUGAUUUUCCCUUUCAGAUAGCUGUGGGCUCUUGUUUUGCAUCUGUUUAUUCUAAAGGCAAUGGACCAGAUGAACUUGCCUUCCAAACUGGAGACUCAAUUGAAAUUGUGGGGUUUCUUGUUUCGUGCUUGGAGUGGUUUGUGGGGAAACAUGCAGAUUCUGGAAAGAUUGGACUGGUAAAGACAAGGGAUGUGAAGCCAAGUGAUUCUGUUUGUCAGUCGACAGAAGUAUUCAUAAAUGAAGACGAGAAAUCAAUUUUUAAAUUCCAAGAAGAAUGUUUUAGAGAAGACUCUAUUACUUUGCUAAAGAAGAUGUCACAAACUGACAUUGGAACUGUCUACAAAAUGGACAAGCUAGGACCACUGGGUUCUGCGAGAAUGUUGCCUCAAGAAACGCAAAGCAUGGUGAGUGACCAAGAAAGAAGGGAGCUGAAGGACAAAAGAAGUAUUUCAGUGGAACGGAAGGAACCUCAGACGAGCGCAUCCCUUAGUGAGGAUGAGGAUGUUAUAUCUAUCAGGAGCCACCCUCAGCCAUCAGGACCAGGAGAGCCUUGCUUCUUCAUCAGCAAUUCAGAGGAAAAUCCCAGCGCAGAGGAAUUCCAGCCCCUACUCGAGUUCCUCAACAGCUUAGAGUACAAACCAGAAUUCAGGAACCUCUAUGACUUCUCCUUCGCUUUUCUCAAUUCCACCUUUCACGGAUACUCGGAGGAGGAGGAGCUGGUGUGUUAUCUGGGCUUGGCCAGGGAGACAGCAAGAAAGAAAAAGAUGCUUUGGGCUCAGACGAGAGUCUGUUUUCUCUUGGGGAAGCUGUGUGCCAAGAAAUGUAAGUUUUCUCAAGCCAGGGUUUACUUUGAAGAGGCUCUGAGUGUCGUCAAAGAGGAUUUCAUGGAUAUGUUUUUGUUAAUUGCUGUGAACACAAACUUAGCAGCCAUCUACCUGAAGCAAAAGAACAAGGAGAAAUGUUCAGCCAUUUUCGAGCGUAUUGCUGCACUGCUAAUGGGAAUUCCCAACUACAUUUGCAGCACAGAAAUGGAGUCUGAGAUCUUAAAGUACAUUUUGAAGAAGACUGUCUUGGCUCAGAACAAACUUGCUGAGGCAAGAACCUGCUUUCUCUUAGCGAAAUUCUAUAGUAAACGUAACGAGAAUGACCGGGCUUUACCAUUCAUUGAAAGACUUCAGUUGCUUACCAAAGAGUUGUCCAUACGUAUCAGGACAAUGCCCAGUGACUACUACUUAACUUUAGGGAAGCUGUAUGGUGAGAAAUAUCUUCCACACCUUGCAGUUAGCUGUGUAAAACAUGCUGCUUUACAUUCCAGCAGUACGCUUACUGACUGUUUAAUUGGCAUUAACUUUGUGUUGAAAAAUGCUUCAAGGCUGUAUGGUAUGGGAAGAGCUGGUGUAGUGAUUCCAACUCAGGUUGGACCUUACCUCAAACGAGCACUUACUUUCUUCAGUAACAAAGGAGAGCAAGCGCAUUGCCGGACUAUCUGCCUGUGUUUAUCACAGCUGUACCAGCAUCAUAAGAUGUUUAAUAAAGCUAUCUGUUACUUGCUUAAUGCCAUAAAUUCUGAGUCUUGGACUAGCUCAGUUGAUGCAACUGAUACUCUGAUUUCCCUUGCAUGGUUACACAUUUUAAAUUACCAAUAUGAAAAGGCUUUGGAUAUCUUAAACUCCAUAUUGGAUACGUCACCUUCAAGCUGUACGCCUCUCCAACAAGGUGCUGUUUACAACAUGCGUGCCAUCGCCCUGAGACACGUCAAGGAUGUAAGGCAAGCAGCCGAGAGUCUUCAGAAAGCUCUGUACAUUUGUGAAGAGCAAGACUUCAAACAUAACCGGGCUAUUGUACAGGCUAACUUUGGGUUCCUGUGUGUGUUUGCCAAGGCAACGUGUCUAGCAGAGACCAGCCUCGUGAAGUCUGUAAAGCUUUUUUCUGAACUGCAGGAUGCCGCCCAUGAUAUCAGUUUUAUAACCGUCUUGCUUGAGCUUGGCCAGUAUUACAUCGGCCAAAAUCAAAAAGAGAAAGGGCCGUUUUAUUACGAAUGGGCAUUUCUCAUCGCAAUCAUGGCAAACCAUGCUGAUUGCCAGAUCCAAGCCACUCAGCUGCUGUGUCAUUUCUACAGAACAGUGUCCCAAAACGAGGCUCAGUGCAUCAUCUACAGCGAGCACCUGCUGGCCUUGGCUCGAAAGACAGGAGACAAGAAACUGGAGGGGGAGAUACUGGAGAGCAUUAGCCAGCUGUACUUCAGUUUGGGGACUGAAAGAGCUUACAAAUCUGCUCUGGAGUAUACUAAGAGAAGCCUGGGAAUAUUUAUAGACCUGAAGAAGAAAGAAAAAGAGGCCUAUGCUUGGCUUCAGGCAGGGAAGAUCUACCACACACUGAGGCAAAAUGAGCUGGUGGACCUUUACAUUCAGGUUGCCCAGGACUCUGCUGUCAGCACCGGGGAUCAUUAUUUUGCUCUGGAGCUUUUUGAAGCAGCAGGAGACGUGUUUUUCAAUGGCUCCUGGGACAGAGACAAAGCAGUACUUUUCUAUAGAGACCGGGCACUUCCACUUGCCAUCAAGACAGGAGCUCUGAAGAUACAACUGAGGCUCUCCAACAAGCUAGUGGAGUUACUGCUAAACCUCAAGGCCUUUGGAGAAGCUGUUGAAUAUGCACAGACAGCCAUGGCCAUCAGCAUCAGCUUUGAUGACCAGCUGAAUGAGCGAGUGGCCUAUCACAGGCUGGCCACUGUGUAUCACUGCCUUGGACAGUGUGAGCUGGCUGAACACUAUUACCUGAAAGCAUUGUCCCUCUGCUCCUCUCCGCUGGAAUUUGAUGAAGAAACUCUGUAUUACGUAAAGGUGUAUCAAACACUCGGGGACAUGCUAUUCUAUGAAUUAAAGGACCCCCACGAUGCUGCAGGAUAUUAUCACCUGGCUCUUGCUGCAGCUAUGGACCUGGGCAACAAGAAGUCUCAGCUGACGCUUUGCACUCGACUUGCCACCAUCUAUCACAACUUCCUGGUCAACAGGGAGCUGUCUCUCUUCUUCUAUCAGAAGGCCAGAGUCUUUGCUGCAGACCUGAAUGUCCGAAGGAUCAACCUGUCACCAGACCAGUAUUACCAGAACACAGCCAAGACACAGCUGAAAACAUUUGUCUAACAGCUGGGACUCCUCAGUGAUGUGAAGUAAUGCCAUUUAGGUUUGUAGGAUGGGGAAAGUGUUACGCAAUGAAGCAACACAGAGUUAAGGUGUGGUGUAAAACUGUUUUAUUCACCUUUUAUAAGUGUUUUAAAAAAAAAAAAAAACUCAAAUAUAUUUUUCUAUUUUUAAA